AUGGAGCCUCAAGUUCCUGUGCGCGCCAAGGUCUUCCUCUGUGCCAGCUAUGCAUUGGCGGCAUGGGCAUGGCGCAGCUGGGAAUUCAUUGUCGCCCUCGUCCUUAUUGAGUUGUACCCCGACUCCUUACUCAUGGUUUCCGCUUACGGUCUCCUGGACAACAUGGCACGUGUGCUGCUAGGGCCCGCAGUUGGGAGCUAUGUCGAUCGUCACGAACGCAUGCCUGGUGCCCAAGCUAUGUUACGGCUCCAGAACCUCUGCAUCGGCGGCAGCGCAGCGGCCGCGCUGGUGCUGCUGUGGCCCAGGUCCGCCGCCACGGAGCACAAGGCCGUCUACUGGUCGUUAAUGUGGCUGCUGACCGUCCUGGGCUCUGCUAGCUCCGCGGGCAGCACAGGCGUGUCUAUUUCAGUGGAGCGCGAGGCGGUCAAGACGUUAUGCGGCGCAGACGGCCGGGCGUUGGCAGCACUCAACUCCGUCAUGCGGGCCAUCGACUUGACGGCGCUGCUCUGCGCCCCACUGGCGGCGGGCCUGCUCAUGACGGCAGCUGGGCCGUUUACGGCGGUGGCAGCGAUGGCGGCGUACUGCGGUGUGGCGUACGUACCGGAGGUGCUGCUGCUGGGGGCGGCGUUCCGCGCGGCGCCAGUGCUUGGGCAGCCCAAGGUUCGGGCAGCCAGUGACAGUGCCGUGUCUGGCGGCCAGGCUGCCGGCUUGGGUGGCGCAGACGCGGAUACGGAGGAGCGCACUGGCCUGCUGGCAGGAUGCGCCGACUGUGCCGGGGAACAAGCCAUCAGCAGACGAGACCCUCACACCAGUGGCGCGGGCGGCAAGGCGGGGCCCGCCGUGACAGUCGCCGCGACAGGAACGGACCCUGAGCACCUGCGGUCUUGCUUUGAGGAUUCCACAGGAGGCUGCAUCUCCAGCGGGGGAACUAGAGGGGAGCCCCAGGGCGGAGACCGGGGAUCACGGCGUGCGGAGGGUUCAGAUGAUGACGAUGACGGCGACUUCGGGGACCGAGCGGACUCGGCGCGUCUGAACCAGCCGCUGCUUCUGGAUGCAGCCGAGUCGCUGCCGACCUCCGUGUCAGCGACCUGGGAGGGCGGCGACGACAGGCUCGUUACCGGUGAUCGUUCCGCUGGCAGCCGGUCCCAGCACGCAAUUAGCGUUAAGGUCGGCGGCGUCAUGGUGGCGGCGGGAGGCGGCGGGGAAUUAUCGAACACCAGCUCCGUGACGGCGCUGGAGAUGACAUCCCCUACAGCCGCUACCUCGUGCGGCGGCGGCGGCCUGGCACGAUUGCGUGUUCUGCUGCGCGCCGUGAGAAGUCAGUUCGGAUUAUAUUGUGAUAGCUGGCGCGUUUACUUGCAACAGAGCGUGCUGCUGCUGUGUGUGGCUCUGGCCCUGCUGUACAUGACGGUCCUCAGUUUGGGUUUCCUCAUGACAUCGUUCCUUAAAUGGAGCGGCUUGAGUGAGGCAGAGGUGUCGGGUUACCGAGGUAUCGGUGCGCUGACAGGCUUGGCGGCCACCGCCAUCUUCCCGCCACUGUCCGCCCGCGCCGGCCUCCUCUUCUGCGCCGUCGCCGGCGUGACGUACCAGCUGGCAUGUCUAGCGGCUGGCGUGUUGCCGGUGGUGACGCCGACCAUGGCGGGCGGCGACGGCCAGAGGCCCUCCGUGCCGCAAGUGCGCAUUCUCGUGGCGGGCCUUGUUUCCUCACGUACGGGCCUAUGGCUGUACGACCUGGCCGUGACGCAGCUCAUACAGGAGGAGGUCCGGCAAGACCAGCUCGGAUCCGUGUAUGGCGUUCAGAGCAGCCUUCAGGCGUCAUUCGAGAUGAUGUCUUUCGUAGCCGGCCUGAUUGGCGGGUGCUUUCCGUUUGCUACAAUGAUGUCCUUCCGUGUUUCAACGCUGCUAAUCUUAGCAGUUGCAACGGCCCGAUGCCUGGCUCAGUAUGAGUAUGAUUAUGGUUACGGCUAUGAUUUCUAUGACACCGAAGACGACUUCUACUAUGACGAGUAUGGCUAUUAUGGGGACGAAGACGAGUCCUAUUAUGAGUAUUACGGCUACUACGCUGAUGACUUCGCGGGCUACGAGGAUUAUUACGCUGAAGAGUAUGACUUCUUCGAGGAAUGUUUCUUUGACACGAACGGUCAGCCUGUGCUAGCCAACGGGACCGCCUCUUGUGACAUCAAGAUUGCCGGGGUUAACAAACAGGCUGACAAGCUAACUGGCGGGCUGGACGGCAUUUAUAAGCUGACCUCUUGCUAUAAUGGCAAGCCUAUGUACAAGCGCCAGAGUAGCCCUCCCGGUGAGGACCGCGUUCUCUGGUACUCAAGCACCUUCGGCGACUGGGAUGUUUCUAAGGGCUCUGAGCCCAACGAAGCGGAAAUUCUCAUGUAUGGUGGUGAGAUGGAGCAUGCCUCAGUCCCUCUAUUUGUUGGCAGCUGGCACCUGGGUGGCGAUCUCAAGUCUGAUACAGCCCUUGGCGAGGACGACUACCUGCCAAUCAACGUGAAUGUGUCUUGUGCUGAUGGAACAGUGUAUACUGCUGGACUGAACAGUUACAAACAAGUGGUUGGUCCGGUGUUGACAGACGCGGAGAUUGAGGCCAAGUACAGCUACAUCUAUGAGAAGUAUAGCAAGUCGGACCCCAGCCCAACGAUCAACUUUACGUUCGUUGUCCUGCUUGUGAUGAGCGGUCUCACGAUUGUCCUGGCCAUUCCAUAUUUCUUGCUACGGAAGAAGGGAGCAAAGGGGGGGUCCAUCUCCGUCAGUUUUGCCCAGAUGCUUACCCAGAGCAAAAAGAAGAGCUCUGGGCACAUCAAUUAGUUCGCGCAUCGCGCUUAUUCUUUGCGCAUGUGACCCAAACUGUGCGCUUUUGUGCCGCUGCGCGUGAACGGACGAGUGUGUGUUUUGCACUGAUUUAGACUUGACAGAUCCCCCGGCUGACGCAGUUAGUCAUUCCCAGGGCCCGUGGGAACAGUUCGCGGUGUAUGGACGUUGUAUAUGUACGGCAACAUCUGAUUUCCAGGCUUCAACCCGUUCGGCGUGUGUGUGUGAAAGCGGCUACGGCUAGCACGCUCGGCAGGCGUGUGGGCGUCGCCGAUUGAAAAGGCGGCAUGCCGACUGUUUUAAUUUAAUGCGCCUCAUAUUCAGGCGGCGCGGAGCGCUGCCUAAAGCGCUGUGACAAUAUUCUUUGUUUGUGUCUGUUCAGAACGGCGAAGAUGCUUUUGAGCUGAUGGUACAAGGUCGGACAAGAAAUGGUAACAGUUUUCAUACUCCGAUGUAAUCUGUAGGACCG